AUGGCAAUCUCCAAAUUUUCAAUCCGUAAAAUUUUCACCCUUGGUUUAGUCUCGCUGUUGGUAUGUGGCGAAUUGCUUAGUAACACGAGGAUUGGCAUUGCAACUUACGCGGUUCCCAUAACUAAUGGUGAUACUUCACCAGAAUCUUCUUCAACGUCGUCGACACCAGCGAUUAUGGUGUCUCCUGCGGACGAUACACAAUUCAAAUUUUGGGUAAAAUAUGCAAGCGCCGCAUAUUGUAACGUUGAGGGAUGGAAUUGCGGUGUUGCUUGUCAAGGGGUAACUGCGCAAACACGUUUACUUCAAUAUUUUGAUCAAACGGUGAAUAAAGCUUAUGUUGCCGCAAAUGAUCAAAAGAAAUCAAUUGUCGUGGCAUUUCGAGGUACCGCCGAUAUUGAAGGAUUCAUGCAAGACUCACAAUUUUAUCUCACCGAUUAUCCGGGAAUUACGGGAGCCAAAAUUCAUGCUGGGUUCCUAAACACAUUCCAAAUGAUCAACAAAAACGUUACAAACUUUGUAAAAGAAAUUGUCCCAAAAUAUCCUGGAUAUAAUGUGAUUUUGACAGGUCACAGUCUUGGUGGGGCAAUGGCCAUUUUGCAGUUAUUGGAAUUUGUCAAUAUUCCUGGACUUUCUCGUGACAACCUAUUCGUUUACACUUAUGGUGAGCCGCGUAUAGGUAACGACGUCUUUGCGAAAUAUGUCGAGAACCUAAGAAUUAACAUUUUCCGUGUCGUCAACAAGAAUGACCUUAUUCCUCAUUUACCACCGAGAGCGUUUACAUAUAUUCAGCAUUCGCCAGAGUUUUUUGUUCAUUCAAACAAUACAAUGUUUGAAUGUCCAGUCGCCGAAGACAUAAACUGCAGUAACUCGUUGACACCAAAUUUUGAUUUAAUUGCUCACGCCAAUUAUUUUGAUACAGCAUUCGUGAUUACGUGUCUUGCCAAAAAAUAA